GUCUAGCGUUUCCCCCACUCGCUCACGCUCAAAAAAUUACGUCUUGCAAGCCGCAGCAGCAGAGAAACAAGAAAAUGGAGGCAGCGAGAAACGUUAAGGACGUGUCUCCCCACGAGUUCGUGAAGGCCUACGCCGCCCAUCUCAAGCGCUCUGGCAAGAUUGAGCUUCCUCCAUGGACUGAUAUUGUCAAGGGUGGUACAUUGAAGGAGCUUGCUCCAUACGACCCUGAUUGGUACUAUAUCAGAGCUGCUUCCAUGGCAAGGAAAAUCUACCUGAGGGGAGGUCUUGGUGUUAAUGCCUUCAGGAGGAUAUAUGGAGGGGCCAAGAGAAAUGGCAGCCGUCCACGACAUUUUUGCAAGAGCAGUGGCUCUAUUGCGCGUCACAUUCUCCAGCAAUUGCAGAAUGUGAACAUCAUCGAUCUUGAUCCUAAGGGUGGCAGGAGAAUCACAUCUAACGGCCAACGGGAUCUUGACCAAGUUGCUGGAAGGAUUGCAGUUGCCCUCUGAGAAAUUUUCCAAUGAAUGGAAUUCCUGAAAUUAGUUGUGUGAAAGAGAAGUACUUAGGAGGCAGUGUUAAUCAAAUUUCUGUUUUGGUCUGUCUGGGUUUUUUCUAGAUGAAGCUUUUUGUUUUAAGAGUUAAUAUGCUGUUUGUUGACAAUGAGUCUAUGACCUUGAAUUUCGAAGUCUAUUAAAACUCAUUCCGAGAAAUUACUCGACGACCCUUCAUAAUGUUGAUGAUAAUCAUAUAUUAAAAGCUUGCUUAUGAA